UCUUAGGUGGUACAUGUUCAUAGAUGGUGACACGAAAAUCAAAAUUUACUGAUCACACAUAGCUGUCAAAUAUUAGAUUUUGAAAUUAUUUUUCUUGCUUGAAGACCAAAACAAACAACAAAAAAACAGUUGAUCUAAAACUCAACAUCGCCAUCUAGCGUUAGGAGUGUCAAUCACAAUUUCUAACUCGGUCAAUACAGCUGGAAGUAAAACGACUAAACGGCGGGGGACAAAAUGAAUCCCAUUUUCAAACCGUCGCUUCAUAGGCAGAGACAUGACUUUGUCGUUGACUUUGUCAGGAAGAAUAACCCCAAAAAGGUGGUGGAUUUGGGUUGCGCUGAGUGCAGCCUCCUACAAAAACUUCGGUUUUACCGUCACAUUGAAUUGUUGGCCGGCGUUGACAUUAAUGGCGCCAAGCUGAGCAAAAAGAAGCAUGGACUGGCUCCUAUAGCGACUGAUUAUCUGCAGCCACCUCUUCAUCAAUUGUGUGUGCAGCUGUUCCAGGGAUCUGUCACACAAAAAGAUGCUCGCUUCAGAGGAUUCGACUUGGUGACCAGUAUUGAGCUCAUUGAGCAUCUCCCUCUUGACGAUUUGUACCAGUUUUCUGAGGUGGUCUUUGGAUACAUGGCUCCACAAAUGGUGAUCAUCACAACCCCAAAUUCAGAGUUCAACAGGCUUUUUCCAGGAAUGUCUGGUUUCAGGCACAGUGACCACAAGUUUGAGUGGACCAGAGUGGAGUUCCAAUCCUGGUCCCGGAAUGUAUGUUUGGAAUAUGGCUAUAAUGCAGAGUUCACCGGUGUGGGACAAGCUCCCCAAGGCCACGAGGAGAGUAUCGGCUUUUGCACCCAGAUUGGUGUGUUUCACAGGCUGCCCAUGAACAGAGAUGGCCACAUGUUAGCUGACAAUGCAGAAGAUCAUUUCCCGUACACGCUGCUUUAUAGUGUAACUUAUCCCAGCCUACGUGACCACAAUAUCCUGCGGAAGACCCUGGUUAGUGAGUUGCUGUAUUGGGCCGAAAAGAUGAAAAAUGAAUGGCUGGAAAGCCUGACAGGGAAACAGGAAGAGGAACGUCCAGUGGAGGAGGACAAGCGAGAAGCAGGAGUGUAUGGAGAGAUCUGCUGGACAAAUAGUCAAGAGCUGCAGUGUCACACAUUGCAUAGGCAUGUGUCAGUUCCCCUGCGCUUGCUGUGGAAUUACUGCCCCAAGUUACAGGAGCUCAGUGGAAGUCUGGGAAAUCUGAGUCAACUAAUUAUGGAUGAUCCCCAAAUUAAAAUGAAUCAGCCACGCUCUGCUUUAAUUUUCUGCAUUCUGGAACAAGACCUCGGCGAUGAAGUUCCAAAUGAUCUGAUGGAUAGCGGCUAUGCAGAGAGCAGCCACGUGGAAGAGGAACACUGGGAGACUGAUUGAUAGUGUCCACUCAGUUUGGGAGUAAAACUUUGGUUUCAUGAUGUUAACGGAUUUCCAUUUCAGAUAAGGGAGACCGUGUGUUGAAAAGGAAGUGCAACAAUAAAAAAGAAAA